CCCCUCACGUGACCGGCGGUCGCGCGCGGGGCGCGGACCCCCCAAAAUCCCCUCCUGCAGAAUUUGGGGACCCCCCGACCCCCUUCACCCCCAGCCAUGGAGGAGGUGGACAAGAUCCUGAUCCACUCCCUGCGACAGGCGGGGACGGCGGUGCCCCCCGAGGUUCAGAGCGUGCGGGACCUGACCCCCGAGCUCGUGGUGGACGCGGCCGUUCGGUGCCUCCGGGCGGUGCGUCCGGACCUGGGGGGGCCCCUGAGCCCCCUCCUGCCCCCCGGCAUCUCCGCCCGCUUCCGCCUCGCCUCCGACCUGGCGGCCGCCUGCCAGGAGCUGGGGUUCGGGGGGGACGUGGGGUACCAGACCUUCCUGUACAGCUCCGAGCACGACACGCGGCGCCUGCUCCUGUUCCUGGUGGAGAAGCUGCCGCGGGACGAGGGCGAGCGCGGGGCCGAGCCCCCCGGGAAAUCGGGGGCUCUGCUCCGAGCCAUCGGCGCCCGGAUCCGCGAGCAGCUGGGGACCCCCUGGGUGCCCCCCCAGUGUCGGACCCCCCGUUUGCAGCGGCUGCAGGGCACCGCUCGCCUCCACCCCUUCACGACCUGUCCCUUGGUGCUGCCCCAGAGCGGGGGGGCCCCUGAGCUGCAGGAGUAUUUUGGGGGGGUGGCCCCCCCGGUGCCAGCGCAGCCCCCCCAGCCCUGCAGGACCCCCCCAGCCCUGCUGGAGACCCACCAGGCCCAGCUCAGCGCCCGCCACGACUGGGAGGCCGAGUGGGGGGGCCCCGGCCUGGCCUCCCGCCUGCCCCCCCAGGAGUACGUGGGGCGGAAGCGGCUCCGUGCUCGGCUCCGGGCUCUGGAGCCCCUCCGGCAGCUCUGCCCCCCGCCCCAGGGCCCCCAGGGCCCCCUGGACCCCGCCUGGCUCCAGGAGGCCUUUGGGGCCGGGGGGCCGGGGGCCCUGCCCAAGGAGUCGCGAUUCACCCGCACCCAGCACCUCACCCACCAGCAGGACCCCCAGACCCUCCUGCAGCAGAUCCAGGCGGGGCCGAGUCCCUGCAGCACCCCCGGGCCCCGAGGAGGCCUCAGGGGUCCCCCCCCCCAGCGAAGAGGCCGCCCUGGAGGCCGCCCUGGCCCGGCUGGAGGCCGAGAUCGAGGGGACCCGCGGGCAGCUCCGGGCGGCCCAGCUCAGCCUCACACAGGCAGAGGCCGAGGUGCAGCAGGGCCGGGGGGCUCUGGGGGGCCGUGAGGACGAGCUGAGGGUCAAGGCCAGGGCUGUGGAGCUGCUCCCGGACGCCCAGAACAACAUGGCCAAGCUGCAGGUGAGGGGGG